AUGACCGAGUUAGCUGACUCAACAGGUCGAACCUCGAUCCAAGCUCGCCCAAGUCAACGCACACUGGCAAGAGAGCUAACCCCAUCGCCGAUAUCGACAUCGCCCCAUCCCGUCACCAGCGAUGAUAUCUCUCAAGUCAGCUCUAGGUCCCAGACCGGCGAUGCUCCUGGACUCACUCGCCCCUCUCCCGCGGCAUCACCAGGGCCACCAAAAUGGCCUUUCUUUAGCGAGGAAGAAAGCCAUCCGACUCCAAGCCCAUCGAUGACUUGGCCGAACGACGGCGGGUUGAGCUCUCGGUCCCUUACAGCAUCUCCCAGAAUGCCAUCUGGAUAUCCCUUUCCUCCACCAAGCAGGGAAAUUGGGAGCACAAAGGAGUCAUCGGACUACCUGUAUCGAAACCAACGACCGAGGCCAAGUCCCAUGCAACUUGAGGAACUCCCUAUGGGUUACAAAACUUCCGGUGGAUCACCGCAACCCAUAGCUUCUCCUCAGAGCCAUACUCGCUCAGAUUCUGCUGCCAAACUUCUCACGAUGCCAAACACGCCAAACACAGCAACAUGGAGGAAUCCUCAAACACCUCAGCGUUCCUCGACAGAAAAGGCCCCAAUCGAUGAAUGGUGGCACCACCGACCGGCCUGGUUUAUGUAUGUGUCCUUCUUCUGUGGUGUGAUAUUCGCCAUAUGCCACCACUUAUUUUAUAAGUAUCUUGACGGGAAAUAUGCGGAUGAGCAAGUCGCCAUGCUUCGUUAUGGCACGGUCUUGUCGUUUGCAGCCAAGGCUGGGCUCGUGGCAGGGGUGGUUAUAGCCUUUAAACAGCGGAUCUGGACUACUGUGAGAAAUAAGUUUCUUACCUUGGCCGCUUUAGAUUCCCUCUUCGCCGCCACAGAGGAUGCUACGGCGUUUCUCAACCUCGACAUCUACAAGAGUGCCAAGGUGGCCGUGCUGUUAGCGGCAUACAUCUGGGCAACCCCACUGGUGGUGAUAUUGACGAGCAAUACCCUGAGCGUGGUGCCGGCUUUACGGCUAGACAAUACAACGUGCCAGGGUAUCCGAACUCUUAACUUUACCCACGAUGAACUCGAGGAGUGGAGAGAACCCACCAGAAUCAACGGGCUCAACGGCCUCUCUAUAUCGAUCUGGAAUACGACGUCGAUGGAUGUUGCCGCACCUGAUUGGUUCGAUUACUACACAGGGUCCAGCAAUUCGCUGAUUCGCAUCGCAACCCAAGCAGCCUUAACGGGACGACCGGUUAGUAGGAUCGAAGCGAAUGAAGACAUAUGUGGUUCCGACUGGGACUGCACUUACGUAGUUAAUUUUACGGCACCGGCGUAUAAGUGUACCGAAUUAGCCCGGGGCGUUGGCUCUCAUAUCAAGCCAUUAGGUGGUCAACAGCCUCCACGUGGGCUCGACACGAAGCUCCUCCUCCCGGAGGGCAACUAUAGCUACUACGCCUACACGAAUGGGGGCGAUUACGCCCCUGAGCAGCUGAAAGGCAGUGGCAUCGGCGGUAUUCCCAACAUCGAUCCCCCAUAUCCCCAGACCUUCGGGGCGUUCCGUACAGAGCCGGUCAUCUGGAUAGGCUACUCGGAAAGAACCCAUCCGAACGAAACAGCGCCGCAAAACAGAUCCAUGCCGGGAUGGAAUGACGCAUUUAUCCCCAAGAUAAUCGGAUGCGAGCAUUACGAGGCCGAGUACACCGUCUUGUUCAACUUGACUGGUGGCCAUCAAUUUACCAACGUACUCAAACGCAAAUAUCUGAACCGUGUUAUGGAGACUAAUUGGGUCCAAGGAGAUGAUGCCAACGAUGGCACAAAUGAUAACACUACGGCGUAUCCGAAGCAAAAUUAUGUUUACCCGAGAGAUCUCUACAAGUACCGACGAGUUGCUACAUAUCAUUCGAUGGGUGCGCAGUUACGAGGGUUUUUGAACGGCACGAUCAAUUCUGCACAGCUCAAUACCCCGAUCGAAGUCACGAGGGCAGACCAAACCAGGCUGCUAGACCAGAGGAAGGACUUUUUCGCCGUGGAGGACCUCCCGAAUGCGAUACAGGACUUUUACCAGGAUAUGAUACUGUCGUUGUUUUCGAAUCAACAAUUCGUCAGCGUGGUAUGGGCUGCCAAGCCGCAUGUGAAGCCUGGAGCAAACGUUGGAGACGCGUCAACCAUGUACCCAUGUGUGAAGUCCCGGACAGAGAACAGAUAUGCAUAUCGGGAAAGAGACUUGUGGUUGGUGUAUAGCUUCGCCAUCGCGUUGGCGGCGGCCGGAGUGGCGGCGGGUACCAUGUCGAUUCUGGAGAACGAAGGCGUGAUACGGAGCACGCGGUUCUCGAGCAUCGUAGCGGCGACCCGAGGCCCUGCAUUGGAGAAAUUAGGGUGGGUGGGAAGCCAUAGGAGUGGCGACCUGCCGAACGAGAUGAAGAACAUGAAGGUUGGCUUUGGCGUCGCUCACCGACCUAACGACCCAGUUGUAUCACAGGAGGGUGCGGGACACCACGGACGAGAGGCGCAAGAUGCUGAGGAGUUACAUUACUGCUUUGGACUGGAGGGCGACAUUCGACAGAGAAAACCGACGAGAAUUGGGAGCAACAUGUUUCGUCAACAAUGA